GUGCCAGACUCACAUUCAAAUCCGCGCCUGCUCCCUCCUCGAAAAGACCACCCAUAGCGAGCAACGGCUACCAGGAAGAUGUCGGUCAAGGAUAUCUUCACCUAUGCAGCGACGAGAAAGUCUGGGCUGUAAAGCAAGUCAGCACGAGUAACAGCGUCUAUGUCACCCUGACCGAUCGACGGCCUGCAAAAAGAAGGCGCAUCGAGGAUGAACAAACGAAUGGUGCAUCCCCGAUGAGCAAUGACGACGAGGAGAGUUGUACAGAUGAUGUAGAGGGUCGAGCAGGAGUAAGCACGAUAGCACAAGUCAAAAGUAUUCUGGAGUUGAUUGAAGUCAAGACCGCCGAUGGCGAUGUGGAGGGGCGUAUACAGGAUAUGGUUCCCUCGCACGACGUUGACAACGAUGACGAGGUGCGGAAUGACUCUACGCGAAUUGUGCGACUACGAGACGUUCUCGACAAUAUAUCCGCGCCGACGAACGCCAUAUUGGAUGCCGCGAAGAAAUUGUUCAUGUUCAGUGUUCCAGAGAGUCUGGAGGCAGGAAACGUUCUUCUUUACAUACCAUCUCCCUCCCUCCUAAUCCGCGCAUGGGAGGCUUUCUUCCAGCAGUGUGCGAUCUCAGGAGUGAAGAUUGACAGUGAUGGGUUUGAUACUGCGGCUCUGCAGGGUGUGCUUGACGAUUUGUUGGCCAGCGAGAACGAUAGCACACAUGAAGACGGUGGGAAAGGCUCUGGGACAGUGAUUGUUCCUGUGGUCAAAGCCAUUUUGAGACGCUUUGCAGAUCCAGCCACGCCCCUGCCGGGAGAUGUGAACGACCAUGAGAUCGAGGAAAUCUUCAUCGCUGCGCCUGCUACAUCUAGUUGGAACCAAACAGAAACAUGUGAGCAAGUCGGCGGCUGGCUACUCGAAUCUAUGAAGCGCGAAAGCAAGUCUCAAUCAUCAGCCAAACAAGUACAGCUCGACGACUUCCGAAGGCAGUGGACGGAGCUUCUGCCAGACUCGUGGGCCGGUAAGGCCUGUGAUGUCGCCGCUCUGGUCAAAUCAGUUGACGGCGUGACAUUGGCUCGUGAUGAGCAAGGAAAUGAAGUUCUGCGGUUCACGACUCCAGAAAGCCUCGAGGACAUUCUCGGGCUUGGAAAUGGGCUUGGGCUUGGGCUCGAACGUGGACGGAUACAAAGUACUGCCGCCAAAGCUGCACCGGCGAGAAAUGCUCUGGAUGCUGCGAAGAAUGAGAAGAAGAGGAAAUGGCAUGAGAAAUUCGGGGCUCAGAGGGCUGUUGCUGCGGUCAAGAGAUGACCAUGAUACAGUGUUGUAGCAGGCAGUAUAGCACUUUGUGCAAAAGCAAGCCACCUCCUUCGAGAAGACCAUGUUUCGCUUCUUUGUAUGCAAGAUCCUCCACUGACUUUGCAUUCUAUCCUGCCGAAAUACUCCAUGGGGUAUGAUACGUAACGAUCUGUGUGUAAAU